AUGAGUAACUCAUCUACAUCUGAUGCAAUGGAGCCGAUCGCGGUGGUUGGAUUAGGCUGUCGCUUCCCCGGCAAUGCUACCUCACCUGUGGCGCUAUGGGACAUGCUUCGGGAGGGCCAAAGUGCGUGGUCAGAGAUCCCCCAGGAACGGAUGAACGUUGCGAGCUAUUUUCACCCCAGUGGAAACCGCCAGGGAACUGUACCGUUCAUGUCGGCCCAUUUCAUAGAUGAGGACGUUCGUGUUUUUGAUACUUCAUUCUUCUCGAUUCCUGCAGAUGAGGCCCGCGCGAUAGACCCUCAGCAACGAAUUUUAUUGGAGGUGUCUGUCGAGGCUUUAGACAGCGCUGGUGUUGAUCGUGACGCUAUCCGCAAGUCGGAUACUGGUGUCUGGGUGGGAUCGUUCGUAAAAGAUUACGAGCAGAUCGUACUUCGUGAUCCUGAUGACUCCCCGAAAUAUGGGGCCACGGGUAACGGAAUCGCAAUCAUGUCCAAUCGGAUCUCGUAUUUCUUGGACGUCAAUGGCCCGAGUAUGACCAUUGAUACAGGCUGCAGUGCUAGUCUUGUCUGUGUGCAUAAUGCCUGUCAAAGCUUGCGUAAUGGAGAGAUCGAUGUUGGUCUUGCUGGAGGCGCUGGCCUGAUUUUGACACCCAACACAAUGAUGCCUAUGACAGCGCUUAAUUUCUUAAGUCCUGAUGGAAAGUGUUUCACCUUUGAUGCACGCGCCAAUGGAUAUGGCCGUGGUGAAGGUAUCGGCAUAGUUGUUCUCAAGCGUCUUACAGAUGCCAUCCGGGAUAAUGACAACAUCCGCAGUGUCAUCCGUGGAUCAAGUGUUAAUCAAGACGGUCGAACCCCUGGAAUAACAUUACCGUCGUCGGAAGCCCAGUUAAGAAACAUUAGGUCCGUGUACAAAAGAGCUGGACUGCCUGUUAGCGGCACUGCCUAUGUUGAAUGCCAUGGGACCGGUACGCAAGCCGGAGAUGUUCGCGAAGUAAAAGCUAUAUCAGAUGCGUUCUGCGGAGAUCGUACUUCCAACAACCCGAUAUAUGUUGGGUCAAUUAAGACCAACAUUGGCCAUCUGGAAGGAUGUGCAGGAAUUGCCGGCUUAAUUAAGGGCGUCCUAACGAUCGAGCAAGGGAUAAUUCCAAGACAUCUCAACUUCGAGUUGCCUGGUAACCCAGCGAUUAAAUUCGACGAUUGGAAGGUGAAGGUCCCGAUCUCCAACACAUCAUGGCCUGUCGAAGGACUUCGGCGUGCAAGUAUAAACUGCUUUGGUUUUGGUGGAACUAAUGCACAUGUCAUCAUGGACGACGCUGCUCAUUAUUUGGCUGAAAGAGGCCUUAUAGCACACCACAACACCGUAUCUCUGGACUUGAUUUCCCGCGAAGCCAAGGCCGACUGUCCUAAUGACGCAAUGCGCGAGGAUGUUGGGUCGGAUCAGGACAUCCAAAUACCCCCCCGUGACUCGCAAAGCCACCUAUUCGUCUUUUCGGCCCAUGAGCAGAAGGUUUUAUCCCGAAUGCUCAAGGAUUGCGAUUCUUAUAUGAACGAACGUGUUGGCGCGAUUCCUACGGACACCAUGGAAAACCUCGCAUACACACUUGGUUGCCGUCGAACCAAAUUGCCGUGGAGGGUGUCAGUCACCGCCCAAUCUCCAGGGGAUCUUGUGCAAAAAUUGGCUAGUCUGAGAUCCAGUGACUUUGUCAGGGCGUUGGACGGGAAAGCUACUAGGCUGGCCUUUGUUUUUGGUGGCCAAGGAGCACAGUGGUUUGGCAUGGGCAGGGAGCUUCUGGGUUUCGAUAUUUUCCUGAAGUCAAUCAUGGAUGCUGACUCAUACUUGCAAACCCAUUUAGAUUCCCCUUUCAAGCUCAUCACGGAGCUUCUAGAGGACGAGCUCUCUUCCAAUAUCAACCGCCCCGAGAUAUCCCAACCGGCAACAACGGCAAUUCAGAUAGCACUUGUCGACGUGUUGAUGAAGUAUUUCGGGAUCAGUCCAAGUUAUGUUUGCGGCCACUCCUCUGGCGAGAUUGCCGCUGCAUAUGCCCUAGGUGCUCUCUCUCUCGAGAACGCUUUGGAAUUGGCUUACCAACGCGGACGCUGCGCUGGAGCCAUGCUCACUGGCGAAGAAAGCUCGAAUGGGAGCAUGCUUGCCGUUGGCUUGUCAGCACACGAUGCGCAAAAGUAUGUAGAACUAGUCGGUAACAGCCGAGUAGUGGUGGCUUGCAUAAACAGCCCAACUUCUGUGACGCUUUCUGGCGAUAAGGAUGCGAUAUCAGAGCUUCAAGCAUCUUUCCAGGCCGUAGGCAUUUUUAGCCGACUGCUUGUCGUUAGCAUCGCGUAUCACUCGCAUCACAUGAAGCGUUGCGAGACUGAAUAUCUCCGUUCGAUCGAACAUAUCGUGCCGAGAAAGCCGGACCUCGGCACAGUUCCACAUCCCCAUACCCAGGGGAGACUGGUUACACCAAACGACAUCAAUAGGGACGCCGCAUCCACGGGUUUAUUCUCAGCAGCAGAGCCCUGCAUCAUGUACUCGUCGGUGACGGGAUGCCCAGUUAGCUGGGAAGAACUUGGCCCACAGUAUUGGGUAAAGAACAUGGUCUCGCCGGUGCUUUUUGCCGAUGCUAUGCACCAAAUGUUGAGCCUCAAGAGCGAUAGGCCAACUGUGAUUUUGGAAAUAAGCCCGCAUUCCACGCUUCAGGGCCCAGUUAAGCAGAUUCUCGACGUCGAGGAGAAGCUUGGGCAGCGGCCAGCGUACUACUCCACGCUUCGACGAGGAAAAGACGCAGCGGUUACUACACUCGACGCAGUUGGAAACCUAUGGAGCCAUGGGUGUGAUAUCUCCAUGCUUUGGGUAGUCAUGCGCAAUUUACAAGUUAGGCGACCGAAGCUUCUGGUUGACCUGCCCAAGUAUCCUUGGAAUCAUGACAACGUUUAUUGGUACGAGUCGCACUUAUCACGAGCCAAUCGCUUCCAAAUACACGGUAGAUACGAUCUUAUCGGACGGCCAACGGCAGACUCGAUACCAUUUCAGCCUCGGUGGCGCGGGUUCCUGCGCAAGUCAGAGACCCCGUGGAUCUGCGAUCAUCAGGUGCAAAGGACAAUGAUCUAUCCCGCUGCCGGUAUGGUCACGAUGGUCCUUGAAGCUGCUAAGCAGGUGGCGUCAGACGGCUUCGCGGCCAUCGAGAUCACUGGGUUCAGGAUUCAAAAGGCUAUGAUCAUUCCAGAAACCGAGCACGGAUUGGAAUAUGCUUUAAAUUUGAACAAGCAGGCUAGUUACCCGGCGGGAUCACCGGCCAUGGACGUAGACUCCUCGUCAUCAACAGCGCUAUCGAGCAUGUUCGAGUUUUUCAUCUACUCGAAGCAGCUGGAUGGACCGUGGGAGGAGCACGGUGAUGGGUUCGUCACGAUUCAUCGCAGUCGCUCUAGCAAUGGAGUAACGGCUAACAACCAGACUCGCGAGGUGAGCCCCACCCGAGAUAACGGGUAUUAUCAGUCGUACCUUGAUGCGAAGAAUACUUGCGACGAAUUAGUUAUACCACGACAACUUUACGAGACUUUGGAUGUCAUAGGCAUGAAUUAUGGCCCCUUAUUCCAAAACAUCAGUUCUCUUCGCAAGAAAGACAAUGCGUGCGUCAGCGUCGUUUGUGUUCCGGACACUAAAUCAGUUAUGCCAGCCAACUUUGAAUACCCUCACAUUGUUCAUCCGGCAACCCUGGAUUCAAUCUUCCAGACAGCUUUCGCCAUUGGCGGCGACCCCAUGGUUCCCUCUUUCAUUGGUAGUCUUUACCUAUCGGCUGAGUCCGAUAUGCUUUCGACGACUGGGCAAGAACUCGCAGUCCGUACUCAAGCGGAUCUUCAAGGCUCACGCGACGCAUCUGCAUCAUUUGUUGUCGCGGACGACUCUUGGUUCGGCAAUGCCGAUCUCCGGAACCAUCCGCUCAUCGUGAUCAAGGACAUGACGUUUACUGCAUUGGCCUCGACCCUCACAAGCGCGGAAAAUGGGUUCCUAGCGAAUCAUCACAAUCUCUGCUCCGAGAUUGUGUGGGAAACCUUAGAUGGACCUUUAGAGGCCGAGGAGGGAGAUACGCUUGCGCGGAAUCUGUAUCCUACUGAACCAAAGAGUCGAGUGCUUAUCCUCGUUCCGGGAGGGGUAGACGUUGGUCUUGGGAAACUAUGCUCCGCAUUUACGGAUGUCUUCGAUUGCGAUAUCCGAACGUUGAGUGGCAUUGAGAAUGAUGAACGGCUACCUGAAUUCUGCAUAUCUCUCCUGGAGGCUGAUGGUGAACCGCUGGUUUGGAAUUGGUCUGAGCAGGAUUUCCUUGCCUUCCGAAACGUCGUUAUUGCUACUAAGGGUAUAUUAUGGAUUACUCGAGGCUCACAGCUGGAGGCGAGUAAUCCCCGAUCUUGCCUCAUCCAGGCUCUUGGCCGCACCAUUCAGUCGGAGUAUCCCACCAAGAAGUUGAUCUCACUUGACAUAGACGUCACGACAGACAUCUCCUCAGAGCGUCCUAUUGAGAUGAUCAUCAACAUUUUUGGGCGAUCCUUCCUUGGUCCAAAGACCGGCAACGCAACAGAAACGGAGUAUGUCGAAAGAGAAGGACAGAUAAUGGUUCCAAGAUUGGUCCUGAUAGAAAGGCUCAAUUCUCUCAUUGAGCGUGGCUCCGCACCAGCCGAGCCAAUCCUAGAGAACAUACAAAAUCCACAUGAGAGACCGCUCAAGCUGGAGAUCGGGAAAUUGGGUGAUGCAGGCAGCUUAUACUGGCUGGAUGAUCCCGACGCUAACCUCCCUAUUUCUUCGUACGAUGUGAAGAUUAGGGUCCUGAAAACUUCGCUCAGCGACCUAGACGUCGACAUUAUGCAGGGGCGAGCGCCGGAUGACCUUUUGGGAACAGACGUGUACGGCAUAGUCGAGCAAGCUGGAGAGAAUGUCACGAACGUUAGAGUAGGUGAUUGCGUCGUGGGCAUUGCUCGUGGAGGCUUGAGGGACUUUGUGAUAUGCCACGGAGACCUAGUAUAUAAGGUCCGUCGUGAAUCACGUCCCCGUUUCCCUACGAGCUUCUCCGUCGCCCUCCACGCGCUUGGGGUACUAGGGGAUAGCGAUGUUGUCUUAGUACAUGACGGUGCAGGAUCUUUCGGUCAGGCAGCGAUCUACGUUGCCCAAGAUCAGAAGGCCACGGUGUUGGCCACUGCAGAGACUUGCCAGCAGCGUGCCGUACUUAGAGCUUUAUUCGGACUCUCGGACGAGCACAUACUCGACUCGGGCGAGGAAAACUUUGUGGAUCAGGUAAUGCAACUAACGCAGAACAGGGGCGUUGAUGUGAUCUUCGACCCGGGCGCAUCGGUUAGAGAUUCCAAUAUCAAAUGUAUUGGAGAAGGUGGUCGUAUAAUCGGGUUCGCGAACAAGCCCAACCAAAAUAAGACGGCACACCAGGCCGAGGUUGCUGGCAAAUCGUUCAGCUGCACUAUUCUAGAUGUACCAUCGCUGAUCAAGAAGCAGCCAGAGCUACUUAGCGAGAGCUUGAAGGCAGUCUAUCCGUCAUUGGGUCCGAAGCAAUUUCUCGCAGAAGAUCCCCAUAGUUACUCCGAAUACGACUAUUCCGAGCUCAAGGAUGCCUUCGCGGAGAUGGACCGGUAUAAUGCUGGUGGUCAGAUUUGCUGCCAACGACCUGCAGUUCCGAAACAAGUCUGGACUGUCCCGCGACCUCCUCGCCCUACGAGUGACUAUCUACACCAGGACGCAACUUAUGUGCUUUCCGGUGGUUUUGGUGGCCUUGGCGUUGAGAUCGCUAAGCUUCUCGCACUUAACGGAGCUAAGCACAUAGCUUUCCUAUCACGGUCUGGUGCGAAAAGCGAGCUAGCAAACUCAUGCAUCGCUCUUCUCCGCAGCCAGGGAGUAGAUGCUCGGGAUUUCAAGGUAGAUAUCUGUGAUGGCCAAGCACUUGAGAAGGUCUCGAGGGAGAUCGGCGAAUCGAUGCCGCCUGUGAAAGGAUUGUUCCAAUGUGCAGCUGUGUUGCGAGAUUCCGUGUUCGAGAACAUGACAUACGAGGACUGGAAAUUGGCAACCAGACCCAAGACACUUGGUUCCUGGAACCUCCACCGAGUGAUGGGCGGCCACUUGGACUUCUUCAUAUUCUUGUCUAGUUCGGCAGGUGUCAUCGGAAACCGUGGACAGGCGAACUACACGGCAGGCAAUGCAUUCCAAGAUAUCCUUGCAAGACACAUCAACGAGAAAUGCAGAGAUACGACACACGCCGUAUCGAUCGAUCUAGGCCCGAUCUUAGAAGCGGGAAUGCUCGCAGAAGAUCCACGCUUGCUAGACGUACUUAAGGCCAGCGGAUUCUUUGGAAUCAGAUUGCAGGACUUCAAGCGCAUAGUUGAGUGUGCAAUUACCGGGCAGAUAGCAGGUGGCUUGCAGACACCAGCUCAGAUCGUCACAGGGGUCGGCACGGGCGGACUUAUUCGCCAGAACAAGCCGGCGGACCCCUACUGGACUCGAACAUCACUGUUCAUGCACCUCAACGAUGUGGAUAUGCCAGAAGGUUGGGCAACAAUUUCCGACGAGAACUCGGACUCUCAGAACGACAUGCAGCGAAUGCUGGCGCAGGCCACGAGUAUGGAGGCGAAAGGAGUCAUCGUUACUAAGGGACUUCAGGAAAUGUUGUCGAAGAGCAUGAAUAUGGACCCAUCCGACGUCGAGGUCUCGAGACCACCUAGUGCUUACGGCGUGGACUCACUGGUUGCGGUUGGAGUACGUAACUGGGUGUCUAGAGAGUGUUCUGCCGAUGUGAGCAUCUUCGAGGUGCUCAGUGACACUAGCAUCUCUAAGCUCAGUGAAAUGAUUGUGGAAAGAAGAGGUACACAGUAG